CCCACCCCUUCUCUUCCAUUUCCUCAACAAUAUCACCUCCACACAACACUCUUCCCUUUCUCUCUCUUCUGUGACCCAUCUCCCUCUCUCUCUCUCUCUCCUCCCAUGGACCUCCGCCGUCGGCCCUCCAAACUUCAAUCUCGGAAACCGUCGCCGGCGCCGCCUAAAGCCUCCGACGCACUCCCUCUGCCCCUGUACCUGACGAACGCCGUCUUCUUCACGCUUUUCUUCUCCGUCGCGUACUACCUCCUCCACCGAUGGCGCGACAAGAUCCGUAACUCCACUCCUCUCCACGUCGUCACCUUCCCCGAGAUCGCCGCCAUCGUCUCCCUCAUCGCCUCCUUCAUCUACCUCCUCGGCUUCUUUGGCAUCGACUUCGUCCAGUCCUUCAUCAUCUCCCCACGCGCCUCCUACGACGAGGAGGACGACGACCUCCACGUCGUCGUCCGCGACAAUGCCUGCCGUCCGCCGCCCCUGGUGGUCCCCACAUUGGCCUCCGAAGAAGACGAGGAGAUCAUCAAAUCGGUGGUGGAUGGGACUAUACCUUCGUACUCGCUCGAAUCGAGGCUGGGGGACUGCAAGCGAGCGGCGGCGAUCCGGCGCGAGGCGCUCCAGAGGAUGACGGGGAGGUCGAUUGAGGGAUUGCCGAUUGAAGGAUUCGAUUACGAAUCGAUCCUAGGGCAGUGCUGCGAAAUGCCGGUCGGAUACGUGCAGAUUCCGGUGGGGAUCGCGGGGCCGCUGCUUCUGGACGGGUUCGAGUACUCGGUUCCGAUGGCGACGACGGAAGGGUGCUUGGUGGCGAGCGCAAACAGAGGGUGUAAGGCUAUAUAUAUGUCCGGCGGAGCCACCAGCGUGCUGCUGAGGGACGGCAUGACCAGAGCUCCCGUCGUUAGGUUCGACUCCGCCAAGAGAGCUUCCGAGCUAAAGUUCUUCGUGGAGGACCCUGUCAACUUCGAUACUCUCGCCGUUAUCUUCAAUAGGUCUAGUAGAUUCGCGAGGCUGCAAGGUAUUCAGUGCGCGAUUGCUGGGAAGAAUGUGUACAUGAGAUUUAGCUGCAGCACAGGCGAUGCCAUGGGGAUGAACAUGGUUUCCAAAGGGGUCCAGAAUGUCCUUGAUUAUCUGCAAAACGAUUUUCCUGACAUGGAUAUCAUUGGCAUCUCUGGGAACUUUUGUUCGGACAAGAAACCGGCUGCUGUAAACUGGAUUGAAGGACGUGGCAAAUCAGUUGUUUGCGAGGCAGUGAUCAAGGAAGAGGUGGUGAAGAAGGUUCUGAAAACCAAUGUAGAUGCUCUGGUAGAGCUUAACAUGCUCAAGAACCUUGCAGGUUCUGCCGUUGCAGGUGCUCUUGGUGGAUACAAUGCCCACGCCAGCAAUAUUGUGUCUGCAGUGUUUAUAGCCACCGGCCAAGACCCAGCACAAAACAUUGAGAGUUCUCACUGCAUUACAAUGAUGGAAGCAGUCAACAACGGCAAGGAUCUUCACAUCUCCGUGACAAUGCCUUCGAUUGAGGUGGGUACGGUUGGAGGUGGGACUCAACUAGCGUCUCAAUCCGCCUGCUUGAAUUUGCUUGGAGUAAAGGGUGCAAACAAAGAGUCGGCAGGAUCAAACGCUAGGCUUCUGGCCACCAUCGUAGCCGGUUCGGUGUUGGCGGGAGAGCUAUCUUUGAUGUCUGCCAUUGCCGCUGGUCAACUCGUGAAGAGUCACAUGAAAUACAAUAGAUCCAGCAAAGAUGUGACAAAAGUUACAUCCUAAAAAAAGAAGGGGAAGAUACAUGGUCCCGACGAUGAAUCGGACAAACUAUAUAAAAAAAGGAAACAUGAAUGUGAGAGAGAAGGAGAAAAAUGAAAAAAAGAGUCCAGGCUGUUGGGUGCACAUGGGAAAUUGUUGGAUUCCAUAGCUGGUAGUGGGUUUUGGGGUUUUUUUUUUUCGAUGGAGUUAAGAGGUAGAAAGAUCCAUUACAUGGCUGGUUGUACAGGUCUUGCUUAUUCUCUCUAUUUCCCUCUUUCUUCUUCUUCUCUCUCUCUUCUGUCUGUGGGACAGCAUAACCGGGAAGGCAAUGAGCAGAGAGCGUCCCCAUGCUCAUGUCGCCAUCUUGAUAUAUAUAUA